AUGAUAGCUGUUUGGGAUAUUCCGAAGAAGAUGAACCUGCGUUGGAUCAGAAACAUCUCAACCUACUUUGUAAGGAAUUGGAGAAACAGCGGAACACAGCCCGUGAUGAGGACGUUGGAUCAGAAACAUCCCAACCUAAUUCACGAAGAGUUGGAGAAGUUGAACAUAGAUACUGAUGUUAUAAACAAGAUGGAAGCAUACUUGGAAUUAGCACGAGCAGAAAUUAGAGAACAGAACGCCUUGUGGACGAAGAAAAAGAAAGAUCUCUCCAAGAAAUACAAAUCCGCCAUCGAGAAGGCUAAGCCGUAUUAUGAAGCGAAGCUUGAGGAAGAAAAAAUUGCCGAGGAUUUAUACAGAUCAAUUAUCCGGAAUGAAAAAGCAAUGUUGAUGUUGGAAGUGGCUAAGACUCAAGUGAACUUAACACAAGACAGUUUGUCGAGAACGAACGGUUCAGUGCAAACUGAACGCUUAGAGGUUUUCAACCACCACACUAGACGAGUGAAUGAAGCAGAGGAAGAACGAGUGGCUGCUCAAGAAGAAUACAGAGAGAACUCUGCUCGUAUGAUGGAGAUCUCUGACAGAAUAUUGAAGAUGUAUAAAGACAAUCGCAGUUCCAUCGAGAAAGCCAAAACCUAUUUUGAAGAGCUCCGCCGCUAUAUCGAGCAACUUGAAUAA